AUGUCUCAACAGAGCACGUUGUUGGACAAGGCCGUGGACAAGGCGGCCGGGAACAGACAAAACGGCCGCUCCGCAAGGGUGUACAAUCUCAGCAGCACGACGUUGUCGUCCGGCCUGCGAAUCCAAGACUCUUCCAACCGCGGCGACCUCGCUGCCGAGCUGGAUCUCUCCGUCCUCAAGCGCUACGGCACGUGGAGGCACUGCGGCCAUGACGUGGAAAUUCGCCCCGUCGGCAUCAUGCGCAAGCAGGAGACCGUUGUCGAGGACGGUACGCUGUACCUGCGGGACAUGACGAUGAGUUUGAGGCCAGGACGUGGUUUAGGAACAGUUGCGUCCUGGUCAUGGACACGAAUGAGGUAG